AUGAUGCCAAAACUAAGUCGAGAGAAUACAAUUAGCAAUGCAAGUUGUCUCCCGAGACAUCUAAACAUACAAGGGUUCCAAAAGUUCAACAUCAAGUCGAAUUCUCCAAGAACAUUGUAGGCUUGCUAAGAAUUGGGCAUUGAUCCGAUUGUUUUAGAAUUAAAGUAAGCAAAAUGAUGUAUACAAGAGAAGAGUCAGAUUUCAAAUAAAAUGAUUUAGAUGAGGAAAUCAUUUAACUCAGAUACUAACAUUACUUAAACAGAGUUCAUUGUAUAUGAUCAAUAAUAAUUAUUAUAGAACUGUUCACUGAAAUAACUCAAAGAAGGAAAGAGAUAAUCUAGAGACAGAGACAAAAACUAUUAAAUAAUAAUGCCUCAAUUGAAUCACUAGAUAGAUCGAAGACAAUCAAGUUGUAAUAAUCACUAGAUUAAUCCGAGUAAUUCUCUACAUUCAAUUUAGGGUUCGUCGAUAAAUUGAUACAAUCUAUAACAGAACAGUGUCCUUCUUGCAUUAGAAGAGUGAAUCUCCAACUAAGGAUCAAUUUGUAGGAGAUGUUUAUGAUCUCAAUUAAUUGGAAGGGGGAAUCGAAAAAGAGAUUGAUAGAUACAAUAAACAUAAAAAAUAAAAAAUAGUAAAUUAUUCAAACUUAUAUCUUAAUAUAGAGAGAGGCACAACUCAAAUUGCAAGAAGAUGCAAAAAGGUUAUAAUUGAUAGACAAGUGGAAAUAAAAGGACUCACAAAUUUUAGAUUAGAUUUUAAAGAGACAAUAUGCAUUUAAAUAAAAGAUGAAGGCUUCAAGUAGUGGAAGAAAAACUCCCUUGCAAAAAAUUCCCUAAUUUACAGAUCCUAAAUCAUUCAAAAGGGACAGUGAAACUAAAAUUGACAAGUAAAUAACCAUUUUAAAUUAAGAGGAGAUACAUCAUUGCAAAAAACUAUGUACAGAACUAGAAUUGAUGAUUCUAAGAUUAAAUUAAGAAGGGAGAUGGUCAUUUAAAGAAAGGAGGUACUCAACAAACUUGAAGAUUUGGAAUUAUAAAAGGACCUUGAGAAAUUGUAAAUGAAAUUAACCUAAAGCGAAAAAUUAUCUAAAUAAUAAGCACAAAUCAAAGUCGAAAGAAUCAAGGAGUAAUAUUUUAGAGAAUAAUAAUUAAUUUAAUAAUAAAAGGAAAUUAAUGUUGUUUAAUCUCAAGAACACUUGAGUGCUAUGAUUAGUAAAAUGAUCAAUAAGGAACAAGAAUUCAGAGGACUCCUUUAAUCUUAAUUAAUGUCAGAACUAGAAAAAAAAUAAUUAUAAAAAGAAAAAUAGAAGAAAAUUAAGUAGAAUCAAAAUGAUCUUUUUAAGGAUCAUGAGUAUUUAUAUGUAAUUUUCUUAGCAAAAAAUUGAAAUAAUUAAAUGAUAAAUUUUGUAAAAUUGAAGAAUAGAAUAAAUUAAGAAAAUAAGAAUUAGACCAUAAAGUACUUUUAAAAUAGGAAUUAAGAAAGUUAAAAGAAUAGGAUAAAUUAGACAAUAACGAGAGAUAGAAAAGACAAAAUGAUUAUAAAAUGAUGACUCUUUAUAUGAAAUCAAAAUUUAUUGAGGAAAAAAAUCAACUCAAAUAAUAUCAAAAUGUAUUGAUCUCAAUUAAACAUAGGAAGUCAUUCAAAAAACUUCUAUGGAAAUAAACAAGUAGGAAAUACAAGAACGAUAAAGAAUAUACUCACAACUUUAGGAAUUAAGCGACAAUUUAUUGAACUAUAAAGUAAACAAUUUUAAUUAUCCUUAGAGUGUUUCAUAACAUGAAUCGAGAUAAAAAUAGGACCAAGCAAAAUUCAAAAGCGUAAAGUAAUUCAUUUAUCUCCUAUUUCUAGAUUACUUAAGAAGUUUGCUAAAUUAGAAGAUCCCAACAUUGAGUAGCACACUAAAGUACUCUUAACAAUGCUUCAACCUAAGCCUGUAGAAACUAAUAAUUCUAAUAGAAAAUUAAGUGUUCACAAAAAAUGAC